AUGUCUUUAUUAGAAAAAGAGAACGACAUAUUCGAAGAAGCGUCUGGCGAAGCACACCAAAUAGACUACACUCCCAUCGAGGUGCUGAAGGAGGGUGGCAUAUCGCCUGCGGACAUAUCGAAGCUCAUUGAGUGCGGGUUCCGGACGGCGGAAAGCAUAGUCUAUGCGCCCAGGAAGAAGCUCAUGAACAUAAGAGGCUUUGCAGAGGCAAAGGUUGACAAAAUCAUCAAGGAAGCCAGCCGGUAUGUGGAAAUCGGGUUCCAGACGGCAGACGCCAUCCACCAGAAGAGGCUGCAGAUGAACAUGAUCACCACGGGGUCUGCCGAGCUGGACAAGCUGCUUGGCGGGGGGAUCGAGACCAGGUCUAUAACCGAGCUGUUUGGCGAGUUCAGAACCGGAAAGACCCAGAUGUGCCACAUGCUUGCGGUGACCUGCCAGCUGCCCAUUGAAAUGGGGGGCUGCAACGGAAAGGCCAUAUACAUAGACACAGAGAACACGUUCCGGUCAGAGCGGCUCAUUGAGAUUGCCAAGAGAUACGAGCUGGAUCCGGCGGAAGUGCUGUCAAAGGUGUCUGUGGCCAGGGCGUACAGCGCAGACCACCAGACAGACCUGGUCAAGCAGGCCAGCGGGCUUAUGGCAACCGGCGAGUACAGGCUUCUCAUUGUGGACUCCGUGAUUGCGCACUACAGGACAGACUAUGCUGGAAGAGGAGAGCUCAGCGCGCGCCAGAUACACUUGGGCGUCUACCUGCGGUCUCUAAUGCAGCUGGCCGACGAGUACAACGUGGCCAUUGUCAUCACAAACCAAGUUGUUGCCACGGUGGACGGAGCGGCAGCCAUGUUUGGAGGAGACACGAAAAAGCCAACAGGCGGGCACGUGCUAGCACAUGCCAGCACAACCCGGCUGUAUCUGAGAAAAGGCAGAGGCGACCUCCGUAUCUGCAAAGUGUACGACUCUCCGUCGCUUCCUGAGGCAGAAGCCACCUUCCGAAUCAUAAAGGAGGGCAUUUCCGACGCGGACGAAUAA